CUCUGUCUAUCCCCAGAUGAGUGUUGAGGACUUCACGCUGUACGGAGGAGCUUUUGGAAACAAACAGGACAGCGUCUUCCCAAAUCUGGAGGACGCUCUGAUGUCCUCAGCCUCCCCCCUGGUGUUAGCAGCGGUGUCCUGGCCGGCCUCUAGCUCUGUAAUUGGCCAGUUGCAGAACCAGUUGGACACGUCCCCUUUGUACAUGGACCCUGAGACUCUGAGCCAGUUGAGACUUAACGCGUCCUCGCCUGCGCUGCUGGUGUUCAGGUUGCCGUAUGGCGGAGGUUCUGAUUUGAUGUCUGCCAAAGAGAUUCUCAGUGGAAACGGUGAGUCAUCUUUAACUCUUUAGUUAAUGACCAUGUUA